AUGCCCGGUCCCUGCUGUGUGUGGGGUGUUGUUUUUUUUUCUUGUCUCUCCCCAGCAGGGCACGGGGGUGUGAACCAGCUUGGGGGGGUGUUUGUGAAUGGCAGGCCCCUGCCCGACGUGGUGAGGCAGCGCAUCGUGGAGCUGGCCCACCAGGGUGUGCGGCCCUGCGACAUCUCCCGGCAGCUGCGGGUCAGCCACGGCUGUGUCAGCAAAAUCCUGGGCAGGUACUACGAGACCGGCAGCAUCAAGCCCGGAGUGAUCGGCGGCUCCAAGCCCAAAGUGGCAACACCCAAAGUUGUGGACAAGAUUGCUGAAUACAAGCGACAGAACCCGACUAUGUUCGCCUGGGAGAUCCGGGACCGGCUCCUGGCGGAGGGCAUCUGUGACAAUGACACAGUGCCCAGCGUCUCUUCCAUCAACAGGAUCAUCCGGACCAAAGUUCAGCAGCCUUUCCACCCAACGCCGGAUGGAGCCGGGACCGGAGUGACUGCCCCUGGCCACACCAUCGUUCCCAGUACGGCCUCCCCUCCUGUUUCCAGCACCUCCAAUGAUCCGGUGGGAUCCUACUCCAUCAAUGGGAUCCUGGGGAUCCCUCGCUCCAAUGGCGAGAAGAGGAAACGUGAUGAAGAUGUGUCUGAGGGCUCAGUCCCCAAUGGAGAUUCCCAGAGUGGCGUGGACAGUUUGCGGAAGCACUUGCGAGCUGACACCUUCACCCAGCAGCAGCUAGAAGCUUUGGAUCGGGUCUUUGAGCGUCCUUCCUACCCUGACGUCUUCCAGGCAUCAGAGCACAUCAAAUCAGAGCAGGGGAACGAGUACUCCCUCCCAGCACUGACCCCUGGGCUUGAUGAAGUCAAGUCGAGUCUAUCUGCAUCCACCAACCCCGAGCUGGGCAGCAACGUGUCGGGCACGCAGACAUACCCCGUUGUGACCGGUCGUGACAUGGCGAGCACCACUCUGCCUGGUUACCCCCCUCACGUGCCCCCCACUGGCCAGGGAAGCUACCCCACCUCCACCCUGGCAGGAAUGGUGCCUGGGAGCGAGUUCUCCGGCAACCCGUACAGCCAUCCCCAGUACACGGCCUACAACGAGGCUUGGAGAUUCAGCAACCCCGCCUUACUAAUGCCGCCCCCCGGGGCUCCGCCCCUGCCGCUGCUGCCGCUGCCUAUGACCGCCACUAGUUACCGCGGGGACCACAUCAAGCUUCAGGCCGACAGCUUUGGCCUCCACAUCGUCCCCGUCUGACCGCCCACCCCGGAGGGAGGGAGGAUCGACGCGACAAGAAGCCUCCCGGCCACCGCCCCAGACCCACCCCAUCCCAGGACCCCUACAGCCCUUCACUUCACCCCGUCGAAGGCCGGACAGGACGGGUGGAGCCGCGGGCGGGACCCUCAGGCCCGGGCCCGCCGCCCCCAAUCCCGCCCGCCGCCCCUCCCCGCCUGCCUGGACAACGCGGCGUCGCGAGGAGGGUCCGACACAGCUCAUCCCCGCCUCGCCCGAGCCGACCCGGGAGUCGACCAGCCACACCGCCGGACUCUGGCCGGGCCCGCCGCUGCGCGGGGGACACGUUUCUGUGACACACAAUCAGCGCGGACUGCAGCGCGGCCCAGCCCCGGAGCAGCCCGCCUCGGACGCUCCGGCGCCGGGAGGCUUCGCUGGGCAAAGGAAAUUAAGAACAAAACGAUGUUCUGCAGAAGGGGGAACAGCCUCCCACCAAGUCCCCGGGAAAAAGUCCGCACCCCGGCGCCAACCGGACUGCUCCCACCUCUGCCCAGAAGGUGGAAUGGAAUGGGGGCGUGA